AUGAGGUUAUGGGUUCAAUAUGGGCUUCAUGGGCAAAUGAUUACCCAUAUGGGUGUUUUGUGGGCCCAAUGCGGGAUUUAUGUGUAUAGGAAAGCCUAUAUUGGCUCCACAAAGGUUUUUUUCUUCGGAGACUUUGGAGGAAGGAAACUGGAUGAAGUAAUAAGAAGAGUGAUGUCUCACAUAAUGAAAAAUGAUGUAGCCCUUGGAUUCAACAUGGUUGAGAAAAAAGGGAAAAUGCCAUUUGGAAGUUCAAAAUUAUUCGAGAUUGUAUACAUGAAUUCCGGGCCUGCGCCGGCAGCAAGAACACCCACUCAACCCCAAACCAAUGAGGUGAUGUCCUUAGUGGUUGAUCAACUUCAGACGAUGAAAAACAUGAUGUCCUCGAUGAUGGAUGACAUGUCAUCUCUGAAGGGCAGACUGAAUAAAAUUGAAGGAAAAAUGGUGGAUGAACCGAUUGUACCAAUAUCGAUGAAUGAUGAUGAUACAAACAGCAUAUACGGUACCCCUAGAGUUUCCACGCUAAAGAACAGAACCGAAAGAAGGAAGAGGAACGAUGAUGAGAUCGAUGAAGUCGCUUGCCAAAUUAAUACAAAUAAAAAAAGAGUAACGGUACAGGGUAAAAACGAUAAAAAUGAUAAAGGAGUGAUGGGUACUAAGGAUGUGAAAGUCACAAGCGAUACAAGAUUGACUCAAGAGGAGUUUGACAAAGAAGUUGAAGGCAACCAUGAGAGACAUAUGAAUAUCAUGGCGAGAUUUGCGUGUGGCUUGUAUGGGGAGGAAUAUGUUAAUGGAAAUAGAGAGGGUUUCCUCACCGAUAGAGAGUUGAGAUAUGCUCAGACCCAUACUACGGGUUCGAAGUAG